AUGCCCCAAAACAUUGGGGACCUGUGCGUGGUCUGCCUCAGCACCUACGGGGUUAACCUGGCGCUGCUGGGGCUCAACCUGCGCCGCUGGAAACCAGGGAAAACGCACAAAAAUGAGGGGCGCCGCUUUCCCGCCGCUCCCCCUCAGGCUUCCGCGCACGCGCAGUGCGGCCGGACCUUGGGGAUUUGCCCAAAACUGGGGUUUUUUGCCCAGAAAAGCGCGCGGUACCUGCAGCAGGAGCUGCCCGUGCGCAUCGCCCACCGCAUCCAGGGCUUCCGGAACCUUCCCUUCAUCAUCGGCUGCAACCCCACCAUCCUGCACGUGCACGAGCUGUACAUCCGCGCCUUCCAGAAACUGAGCGACUUCCCCCCGAUCCAGGUGCGCAGCGACGAGGCGCAGUACUGCGCGCUGCUGCGGCAGCUGCUGGAGGAUCACAAGGACGUGGUGACGCUGCUGGCCGAGGGGCUGAGGGAGUGCCGCAGGCACAUACAGGAUGAGCGGCUGCUGCGGCCGUUCCUGGACAAGACGCUGACGUCGCGCCUGGGCAUGCGGAUGCUGGCGGCGCAUCACCUGGCGCUGCACGAGGACAAGCCGGAUUUCGUCGGCAUCAUCUGCACGCGCCUGUCGCCCAAGAAACUCAUCGAGAAGUGGGUGGACUUCGCCAGGCGUUUAUGUGAACACCAGUACGGGAACGCUCCCCGUGUGCGCAUCAACGGGCACGUGGCGGCGCGCUUCCCGUUCAUCCCGCUGCCCCUGGACUACGUCCUGCCCGAGCUGCUCAAGAACGCCAUGAGGUGCCCGCGGUUUGGGGGGAAUUUCCUUUCUGGCCACUUUUUGUUAUUUUUGGUGCCCCGCAGGUUCAGCCUCGGGGUAAAUUUGGGGGUUUUUGGGGUGGGAUUUGGGGUUUUUGGGGUGGGAUUGUCGGGUUUUUGGGGUGGGUAUUUUAGGGUAUUUUUUGGGGGACUUUUCUGGGAUUUUGGGACCAUUUUGGGGCCACUUUUUGUUAUUUCUGGUGCCCCCAGGUUCGGCUUCGGGCUGCCGACGUCGCGCGCCUACGCCGAGUACCUGGGGGGGUCGCUGGUGCUGCAGUCGCUGCAGGGCGUCGGCACCGACGUCUACCUGCGGCUGCGGCACAUCGACGGCAAGGCCGAGAGCUUCCGCAUCUAGGGGGGCUUCGGGGGAACCCCCCGAGCCCCACGCGGCUCACGGGGGGCCGGCAGAGCCCCCAGAGCUGGUUCUGCUCGUGGGAACCCUGGAGAACCCUCAAAGGUUGGACUUUGGGGUCGUGGAACCCCUAAAAGUUGGGUUUUGGUCAUUAAAAUCAUGGAGAACCUGCCAGAGUUGGGUUUUGGUCAUGGAGGUCAAGGAGAACCCUCAAAAGUUGGGUUUUGGUCAUUGAAACCAAGGAGAAUCCUCAAAAGUUGGGUUUUGGUCAUUAAAACCAAGGAAAACCCUCAAAAGUUGGACUUUUAGGUCAUUAAAAUUGUGGAGAACUCUUCAAA